AUGCUCUCGCUGCAACAGCAUCACGGCGGUGCCGUCGCCGGCGGCGGCGGCGACGCGCGCCACCACACGCCGCAGCCGGCGGUGCUCGGCGGAGGCGUGGACUGGCUAGCGUUCGGGGCCCGCGCCGACCUGGAGGAGCCCGCGAGGAAUGCCCCGUCGCCCGCCUUGUUCCUUCUUCCGCCCGCGCCGCUCGACGACAGGGCAGCCCAGCCUGAGCCCAAGCCCAAGCCCGGACAGCUCGCAGGAGCUGUUGAUGAAGAGCGGCAUUUGGCACUUGCUCAUCAAAACUACAGGUCAGGGAAGUACAGAGAGGCACUAGAGCAUGGUAAUGUUGUUUACGAGAAGAAUCCACGUCGAACUGAUAACCUCCUCCUCCUUGGAGCUAUAUACUAUCAGAUUCGUAAUUAUGACAUGUGCAUUGCAAAAAACGAGGAGGCUCUUGCCAUAGAUCCACACUUUGCUGAAUGCUACGGCAAUAUGGCGAAUGCUUGGAAGGAGAAAGGCGAUAUUGAUCUUGCAAUUCGUUACUAUCUUACUGCCAUUCAGCUGCGACCAAACUUCUGUGAUGCAUGGUCAAAUCUUGCUAGCGCAUAUACCAGGAAGGGGAGGCUGAAUGAGGCAGCUCAAUGCUGUAGACAAGCACUUGCUAUAAAUCCUCGAUUGGUUGAUGCACAUAGUAAUCUUGGAAAUCUGAUGAAAGCUCAAGGUUUCAUUCAAGAGGCAUACAGUUGCUACAUCGAGGCGUUGCACAUAGAUCCUCAUUUUGCAAUUGCAUGGUCAAACCUUGCUGGUCUGUUUAUGGAGGCAGGAGACCUCGACAAAGCUUUAAUGUAUUAUAAGGAAGCUGUUAAGCUUAAGCCAUCUUUCCCCGAUGCAUAUCUUAACCAAGGGAAUGUUUAUAAGGCUUUGGGAAUGCCUCAAGAUGCCAUUAUGUGUUAUCAACGUGCACUGCAGGCACGUCCUGACUAUGCUAUGGCUUAUGGUAAUCUUGCUACUAUUUACUAUGAGCAAGGCCAGCUUGAUAUGGCAAUUCGCUGUUACAAUCAAGCUAUAGUCUGCGACCCACAGUUUGUUGAAGCAUACAACAACAUGGGCAAUGCACUUAAAGAUGCUGGAAGAGUAGAAGAAGCAAUCAACUGCUACAGAUCCUGCCUUGCACUGCAAGCAAACCACCCGCAAGCCCUUACUAACUUAGGAAACAUAUACAUGGAGUGGAACAUGAUAAGCGCUGCUGCUUCAUUUUACAAAGCAGCUAUAUCUGUGACAUCUGGACUAUCUUCCCCACUUAACAAUUUGGCUGUGAUAUACAAGCAACAGGGAAACUAUGCUGAUGCUAUCGCAUGUUACACUGAAGUACUUCGUAUAGAUCCUACAGCAGCUGAUGCACUAGUUAAUAGAGGGAACACAUUCAAAGAGAUUGGCAGAGUUAAUGAAGCAAUUCAGGAUUAUGUUCAGGCAGCAACAAUUAGGCCAAACAUGGCAGAAGCCCAUGCCAACUUGGCCUCAGCAUACAAGGACAGUGGGCAUGUAGAAACAGCUAUAGUUAGCUACAAACAGGCUCUCCGGCUGCGUCCUGAUUUUCCUGAGGCAACCUGUAAUCUCCUGCAUACUUUACAGUGUGUCUGUGACUGGGAAAACAGAGAUACCAUGUUCCGUGACGUUGAAGAAAUUAUUAGAAGGCAAAUAAAGAUGUCAUUACUUCCAAGUGUCCAACCUUUCCAUGCCAUUGCUUAUCCUAUCGAUCCAAUGCUUGCUUUGGAAAUAAGCCGUAAAUAUGCGGCCCAUUGUUCCUUGAUCGCCUCUCGUUUUGGUCUGCCGCCUUUUGUACAUCCACCUCCUGUUCCUGUAAAAGCAGAGGGUAAACACUGCCGACUGAGAGUAGGAUAUGUGAGUAGUGAUUUUGGAAAUCACCCCCUUUCCCAUCUCAUGGGAUCAGUAUUUGGAAUGCAUGAUCGUGCCAAUAUCGAGGUCUUUUGCUAUGCACUCAGUCAAAACGAUGGUACUGAAUGGAGGCAGCGUAUUCAGUCUGAGUCAGAACAUUUUGUUGAUGUUUCUGCCAUGACUUCUGAUAGUAUCGCUAGACUUAUCAAUCAAGAUAAAAUACAGAUAUUGAUAAAUCUUAAUGGCUACACAAAGGGUGCCAGGAAUGAAAUUUUUGCAUUGCAGCCAGCACCUAUCCAAGUUUCGUACAUGGGGUUCCCUGGAACAACGGGUGCUGCAUACAUAGACUACUUGGUCACAGAUGAGUUUGUUUCUCCAACUAGAUAUGCACAUAUAUAUUCAGAAAAGCUUGUCCAUUUGCCUCAUUGCUAUUUUGUCAAUGACUACAAGCAGAAAAAUCGAGACUGUCUCACUCCUGUAUGUCCACACAAAAGAUCUGAUUAUGGAUUACCUGAGGAUAAAUUUAUUUUUGCUUGCUUCAAUCAGCUUUACAAAAUGGAUCCUGAGAUAUUUGACACAUGGUGCAAUAUUCUCAAACGUGUUCCCAACAGCGCAUUAUGGCUCUUAAGAUUCCCGGCAGCUGGUGAAACUGGAGUGAGAGCACAUGCUACUGCAAGAGGAGUAAGAUCAGAUCAAAUUAUAUUCACAGACGUUGCCAUGAAAAAUGAGCAUAUACGACGCAGUGCACUGGCAGACCUUUUCCUGGACACCCCCCUCUGCAAUGCACACACAACAGGCACUGACAUACUGUGGGCUGGUCUGCCAAUGAUCACCCUUCCACUAGAGAAAAUGGCAACCAGAGUAGCUGGUUCCCUUUGCGUAGCUACUGGGCUUGGGGAGGAGAUGAUUGUUAGCAGCAUGGAGGAGUAUGAAGAUAGAGCUGUAAACCUUGCGCUAAAUCCAGUGAAGCUUCAAGCAUUGACUAACAAGCUCAAGGAAGCUCGUAUGACCUGCCCGUUGUUCGAUACAGCUCGAUGGGUGCGCAAUCUUGAAAGGGCUUACUACAAGAUGUGGAACCUUUACUGCUCCAGUCGCCACCCGGAGCCAUUCAAGGUGUUAGAGGAUGACAAUGAGUUCCCGUUUGACCGCUAA